AUUAAAGAGCAUGUAGAAAUCCUUUUGAAUCGCACAGGUCGAAGCUUAGCCAAUAUAAAAGCCAUUUUGGAAGAGUAUUAUAAUUACAUGGGCGAUGGAGGUCAGGAUGAGGCCGAAAAUCCUGUAAAAACCGAUGAUUCGAUGGAAAUAGAUAACGAAAAAUCUAUUACAACGACGAUAACUUCUAAGGAAAGAGCUCGAAGAGAAAAAGAAAUUGUCGAAACAUUGUUAGGCAUUUUAUAG